UCCCGGGCCCAAUGCGGCCCAUGUUCACGCACCUCAGCAUUAGUCUUUUAAACUAAAAUAAAUUACUACGUGGCCCAGGUGUUUAACACAAAGUGACCAUGGCUGACUUCGGCAAACAGCGGCAGGUUCCAGCAGAUCAUGACCGCAGUUGCGCACAAGAUGAAUUGAGUGGCACCUGAUUUUAAGAUGAAGUGGGGACAGCUGUGAGAGCAGACGCUAUCCCGCUCUCAUCCGACAACUGCUUGGACAUACGGCUCACACACGCUCCCGUAGCUGGAGUUGGUGUAAGCUAUACGGACUGCAUGUGAGAGGCUCUGCAGUCAGCCUGUUGCCCCGUUCCCAAAGCUGACUGACGCAGGAGAAGAAGCAACAAGACACGGCUGAGACAUGAACGCUGCAUUGCUUCUCUCCUCCUGUCUCCUACUCCUGCAUGUGACGUGCACCGUUGCUUAUUACAAUCAUCACCAUGGGAGGAGGGUUUGUGGAGGCGAUGUAAGCAGGAGUGUAUCAUACAGUACAGAGUCGUAUGUGCAGCCAGUUUACAAACCUUACCUCACCAUGUGCCAAGGACAGAGUCUCUGCAGUUCAUACAAAACUAUGUAUAGGUUGUCAUACAGGCAGGUGACCAGGGCAGACCCAUCCCUCUAUUUCCCAGAAUGCUGUCCGGGGUGGCAAAGAUUUCACUCACACAAUUGUAAUCAAGCGGUGUGUGCGCAGUCAUGUUUGAACGGAGGAACCUGCCACAGACCUAACCAGUGCUCCUGUCCUGUGGGGUGGAAAGGGAGACACUGCCAAUCAGAUAUAGACGAGUGUGCUGAGGGCCGCAUGUGUUCGCAGCAGUGUGUGAACACGGCUGGCAGCUACAGGUGUGCCUGUGCGGAGGGUUUCGCGCUGGAGGUAGACGGACGCACCUGCAAACGGCUCCCCCCUCCGCCCACCUUGCCCACACCACCACGUCCGGCCACCCCCCCACGCAGCCAGCCCCGAGGGGACACACCUGACCCUGGACACUUCCCCACCCACACAGGAGUAGAUUUAGGGUUGGUGGAGAAUGUUACAGAAGAAGUUCAGAUUCUGAGGAGCAGAGUACAGCUACUGGAGCAGAAGCUGGAGAUGGUGCUGGCGCCGUUCACCACUCUCUUCCCAUUGGCUGGUGAGGAGGGGGGCGUGGCCGGCGGCCUGGGUGUGGUGGGCAGCACCAGCUUCCUGUCUCACUCCCUGCAGCAGCUGGACCGCAUCGAGUCCCUGAGCGAACAGGUCGGCUUCCUGGAGGAACGACUUGGAGCCUGUUCCUGUCAAGAGACUUAAAAGCGGCAAGGGCAGAGUUGCGAAGGUGGUCUAUCCAUGGCAAUUCUGUGUCAAAUUAAACAUCUCUGUGCCUUAAAAUCCUCAACUUAUCUCCUCCACGACCUACAACUGGCCCUUAGAUCUGUCUACAAUGUCCAUCGCCAGAGACCAUGUGCAUCAGAAUCUACUCCAUCACUCGACAUAUUGCUUCCCAAUGUCACCACCGCCAUCACACCGCUCCCCAGUUACACGCCACCACCAGGCUCACCAGACUCAACAUCCCUGGUUUACAUGACACUGUCCAAUUUCUUUUGUAAUUUUUUUUUUUUUAACGUAGACUAUUCUCCUUAAAAACGUUUGUUUCGGAUUCUGUAUGCAUUUGUGUUUUGUCUAUUUGACUUCGUUUUGGUGCAGCUGAGUCCUGUGUGUAUUUAAGUUUUCAGUUUGUUGUCGAUUUUGUUUGUUUGUUUAAAUUAUAGCUCCACCUGCCUCCCUAGUGUUCAAGUUCCUUUCCAUGUCUGAAUGUUGGAAAUCUUGGUCCUUAAUAAAAAAAACAUUUUGUAACUUUUUAAAUAAAUUUACAAUGACUGUC